AUGGAUCCCAGCGCACUAUACGAUGCCGCCUCGCUAGCACCAGACGCCAUCGACCCAAUCUGCGGAGCCGAGGAAGGUAACUCUCGCCGUAAAAUCGUGGAGACUUUCCCUCUGUCCUUCGGACCUUUCCGUGGCUGCCCGGCUACCAAGGUAACGGACAAGGGAAUUUGGGUCGCCUGA